AUGCCGGGGUCUCAAGGCGAGGAGCCACACAAGGGAGCUCAGACGCGGCUGCGCCUGAAGGGGCCGGGCCCAGAGGGAAGGGGCUGCGGGAGACGGGAAGACGUGAGUGACGCCGCCGCGCGCGCCCGGCCCCACCUCUCGCGCGACGUCCCGCGGCCGGGCCGGGCGGUGGUGGCGCGCGGGGAUGGAGCGGCCGCCGCUCGGCCGGUGAGUGCCCGACGGACCGCGGGAGCGGAGCGGGAUGGGGAACGGGGCGGGAGAACACCCGGAACCGAGGGACGGGGCGAGGGGACCCCGCCCGACCGGCCCCGCGUGCGCCCGUCGCGAGCGCCUCACCCACCCCCGGAGCGGCCGCUCGGGCGGGCUGUCUCUCGCCGCCUCCGCUCCUGCGGCCGGUUUAGGAUUCCCUGUCCGGGUCGCGGCCCCGCCGGCCCGCUCGCCCCGUUCCGGGCCGUCGUUCGGGACGCAGGGCCCGGGCUUCGCGGGGCGCUGUCCGGCCCGGCGGUGGCGAGCGGCGCCCUCGGCCCCCGCCGUGGCCCCGCGAUCGCCCCGAUCCCCGCGGCCCCUCCCGGGGGCGGCCCCGCGCACGUGUGGCCUGUGCUGGAGGCUCGCGAGGCGCCGCCUCGGCCCUGGCGCUGGCUUGGGGCGGGCUGA